ACAAGGGCUUGUUUUGGAGGAAGUGAGAGAGCGAAAAAGAGAGAGAGAAAACGGACCGUAAAAAAAAAAAAAAAGAGAGACUGCACCAGAAAUAAAAGGAAAAGGGGCUGAAAAUACUGGACAGCACGGUUAAACAGAUACCCGAAUCAGAAAGAGUACAGGAGAACCGUGCUGACAGACAACGCUAACCCUAGGAAGCUGGUCUUAUAUCUGUCCGUCAGAAGAGCCGAGAAAACAAAACAGAAAACACAAAAACACAACCCAGCCCAACACACUCACACUCACACUCACACUCACACUCACACUCACACUCACACUCACACUCACACUGCUUCCAAAAAAGAAUAUAGAGAAGGGACUCGAACCAGGACCGCAGCUGCCAGCUCUAACAAAAUGACGUCCAGAAAGAAAGUUUUGCUGAAGGUGAUCAUCCUGGGAGACUCUGGUGUAGGCAAGACCUCCCUCAUGAACCAGUAUGUUAAUAAGAAGUUCAGCAACCAGUACAAAGCCACAAUAGGAGCCGACUUCCUAACAAAGGAGGUGAUGAUGGACGACAGGCUGGUCACAAUGCAGAUCUGGGACACGGCUGGCCAGGAGCGGUUCCAGUCGCUGGGCGUUGCGUUCUAUCGGGGGGCAGACUGCUGCGUGCUGGUGUUUGAUGUGACGGCUCCAAACACCUUCAAGACGCUGGACAGCUGGAGAGAUGAGUUCCUGAUCCAGGCCAGCCCCCGGGACCCAGAGAACUUCCCCUUCGUAGUGCUGGGGAACAAGAUUGACCUGGAGAACAGACAGGUCACCACAAAAAAGGCCCAGGCGUGGUGUCAGAGCAAAAACAAUAUCCCGUACUUUGAAACCAGUGCCAAGGAGGCAAUCAAUGUGGAGCAGGCUUUCCAAACCAUCGCCAGGAACGCACUCAAACAGGAGACGGAAGUGGAGCUGUACAAUGAGUUUCCAGAGCCGAUCAAACUGGACAAGAAUGAGCGAGCGAAGCCUUCUGCGGAGAGCUGCAGCUGCUGAGAGGAUCCAGGUU